CGACGAGAAAGCAAAGGGGAAGGGAUCUACUUCACGACGGGUUUUGGUCAUUUUGGCAAGGCGACAAAGGAAUGUGAUGUCGUGAUUGUAUUAAUGCUGACGAACUUCACUCUCAUAUAACUUUGACAAAAUAGAAGCGUGCGAGCAAUAAUUAACGUGACGAAGAGCCGUAUCAAACAAGCAGGGAUAAUAACGCCAGUUGUUAAAAUAUACAUUUGCGUCAUAAACUUAUUGUAAAGAUGGAGAUUAUUAAAGUGGAGAUUGUGGACAUGGUCGAUCCAGAAACAGGCGGAGUGACAAAUGAAGAUCCUGAAGAACAAAGAGACCUGAUGGAAAGGGGAAAUGAAGAACCAAAUGAAGUUGUGGAGGAACAUCAGGAACCUCAUAAUGUCACAACUAGAGAAACCUCUUCAAGUAGCUCACAGACUGGCUUCUCACAGAUAAAAAGAGAACCCAGAAAGCCUUUUUGCUGCCCUCAAUGUGAAAAGAGUUUCACAUGUAGAGACCACCUGAUGGAUCACUUCAGAAUUCACACCGGAGAGAGGCCUUUCACGUGUCCUCAGUGUGGAAAGACUUUCAUUCAAAAAGGAAACCUUAAGAUCCACAUGAGAAUUCACAUUGGCGAGAGACCUUUCGUCUGCCCUCAGUGUGACAAGACUUUCAUACAUAAAGAAAACCUGAAGAAUCACAUGCGGAUUCACACCGGAGAGAAGCCUUACACAUGUGAUCAGUGUGGAAAGAGUUUCAAACAAAUUGGACAUCUGAAGAUUCACACAAGAAUUCACACCGGAGAGAGGCCUUGCAUGUGCCAUCAGUGUGGGAAGAGUUUCAUACAUCAAGGAAACCUACGAAGCCAUCUGAAAACUCAUUCAGGAGAGAAAUUACAUCAGUGUUCUGAGUGUGGCAAGAGUUUCUCCGAGGCAACGCAUCUCAAAAAACACCUGAAAAUGCAUGCAGAUGAGAGGCCCAACGUGUGUUCUUUGUGUGGCAAAAGUUAUUCACGGCACGGAAGUUUUAAAGAGCACCAGAAAACACAUACUGGUGAGAAGCCUUACACGUGCUCCCACUGUGAAAAGAGUUUAGAUAAUUUAGGAACGCAGAAAUCGCAUGAGCCAGUGCACGUCGAAGAGAAGCUGUACCCCUGCCUUUCAUGUGGAAUGAGCUUCACCACUUCAGAAACUCUACUGACUCAUAAAUCAAAGCAUUGUCCAGAGUUGUCACAGUCAUCAGUGUAAUAUGUCCAUAUUUUCCCAUUUUCCAUCACAAUUGAACAUGUUAGUGGACUCUUAAGUGGAGCCAUACAAUAGGAAAACUGAUAAAUACUAAAAAUAUAAGAGACACUCCA